UAAGAAGCAGAGUAGAACUGAGCUGACAGACAGUAUUUGCUCUAGAGAAACAAGAAACAUGAAGUCUAUGGUGCCUUUAGGCUUGAUUGUAGCUACUUUUGCUCUUACUUCUUCUCGCUGUUUUGACAGUGCAACGGUAUUUCGUGUGAAGCCUCAGAAUGAAAAACAAGUGAACUUCUUGAAGUACUUGGCCAGCAUUAAACAGCUUGACUUCUGGCACCCAGAUUCAGCCCCUCAUAUAGUCACUCAGAUGCAGGUGGAUUUCCAUGUCAGUGCGCAUCAGUCUAGAUCUGUCCAGAUCCUCAUGGAGCAGAAUGAAAUACAAUAUGAAAUUUUAUUGCAUAACCUGCAAGAAGAGAUUGAAAAACAAUUUGAUGGCAAGAGGAAUUUUACUGGCAGACACAGUUACACAAAAUACAAUGACUGGGACAAGAUUGCUGCCUGGACUGCUAGAAUUGCUAAAAUUUAUCCAAAACUGGUCUCCCGCAUCCAGAUUGGAAAUACUUUUGAAAAGCAACCUAUGUACCUCCUUAAGGUUGGGAAGGAGAGCGGCAGGAAGAAGGCCAUCUUCAUGGACUGUGGGAUCCAUGCACGAGAAUGGAUCUCACCUGCAUUCUGCCAGUGGUUUGUGAAGCAGGCAGCCAGGACCUAUGGGAAGGACAAGAUCAUGACACAUCUAUUGGACAGUCUGAACUUCUAUGUUCUCCCAGUGUUCAACAUUGAUGGCUAUGUCUGGAGCUGGACUCAAGAUCGCAUGUGGAGAAAGAACCGUUCCAAAAACUCCAGCACCAACUGCACUGGCACUGACCUGAACAGGAACUUUGCUGCUGCGUGGGGCACUACUGGUUUCAUCUCAGAUGACCCGUGUGAUGAAACCUACUAUGGACCUGCACCAGAGUCAGAGGAUGAGACUAAAGCUGUUGCCACCUUCAUUCGUAACCACCUAUCUUCCAUCAAGGCGUACCUGACCAUCCAUGCUUAUUCUCAGAUGCUGUUGUUCCCUUAUGGCUAUACUUUCCAUAAAGCACCUAAUCACAAUGAACUGAGGCAAAAUAGGAGAAGGAAAUAA